AUGUUGGGAAUUAAUACAAUAAAUUCUGAUGUUGAUGCUGUUGUUAUUUUAGAAGAAAAUGAAAACGAGAAAAUAAAUAUUCCAAAAUUUCAACAAAAUCAUUCUGAAGAGUUACAAAAAUAUAAAAACAUGCUAGAAAGGCCAACAAGUUCAAAUUGUGAGGGAUUAAGACAUGAAGGCGGAAGUUUUGGGAAUAACCCAUUAUUAGCCUCCUUGAUUUGUUCAAAAGGUGAGAAAAUAAAUAAAGAAAUAAACGAUGAUAAUAAAAAUAUAGAAAUUGAUAUCAAAGAAAAAAGAUUAAAUCAAGUAUUCGGCACUGAAAAUGUAAAUUGUCAAUUUGGUAAAAGAGAGGAAUGUAAUGAUCAGUCUUUGUUUUGCUUCUUUUGUCGAGAUAGAAGAGUAACUGACAUUAAAAGGAUAACAGAAGCAUGGAUAAGAUUGAUAGAAUUUAAAAUAUUUGGAGUGGAUAUAGAUAUUGCUUUUGUUGGUUUACCUGAAUGGCCUUUGAAAGAAAAUUCUGAUGAAUGGUUAAAUGCUGUUUUGGCUAGUAACAAGAAUAAUGCUUUAACAAAAUUACAACCAAUGUCUGGAUAUAGUUCAAAUAAAUAUUUAAUUAAUUUGUUAAAUAAUGAAGGAAAUAAUAAAAUGCCUAUUACAUUUUGUAAUGCUUUAAUUGCUCUUAAGAUAUGGGCAAAAAGUAAGAACUUUAUAAUUUUUAUGAAUCCGAAAGACCUUUGA